UCAAUUGUAGGACAUGAUUUGUAAAAUAAUUUAUACUAUUAUUUAAAGUUAUACAUAUUUCGGAAAAAAAUAAGUGCACAUUAAUUUAAUGACAUGUCAUUGCUUUGUUUCAAGAGCAGGAAGUUUACGCCAAAAAGUGCGACUGCGCACUGGCCAAAUUAGUAGGUAGUGUGAAAGAAAAUGGCGAUCAGCGAAAGGCGUCCGGAGUUAACGUGAUGAAAAACAUUGUUAAAAGCUCAAUUACAUAGUGUUAUAGUUAUUAAUUGUGUCAGAUGUAGAUUAAUUAAGUGUUAAUGAAUAGUGAUUGUGUAUAAAAAUGGCUGCGAAUAUGUACAGAGUCGGCGACUGCGUCUAUUUCGAGACGUCGUCGACGUCUCCGUACCAGAUCCGGCGGAUAGAGGAACUAAACAAGACCGCGUCGGGGAACGUGGAGGCAAAGGUCAUGUGCUUCUACAGGCGGCGGGACCUGCCCAACCCUCUCAUACAAUUAGCUGAUAAGCAUCAAAUGGCCCAGUCAGAAGACUCACCGGUCGCGAUGAAACUCAAGAAAAUAUGCCUUAAGACGCCAAUAGGCGAGGAACAGGCGGCACAAGCUGUUCUCGACCCUGCGAUAGUGGCGAUGGAGGAGGAAUCUACAGACUUACCGGGCACAGACGGACUGGCGCCGAAACAGCGGCACCAGGCGAAGCACCGCGAGCUGUUCCUCUCACGACACGUUGAGACGCUGCCCGCCACACACAUCCGUGGAAAGUGCACCGUGACGCUCCUCAACGAGACAGAAUCGCUGCUCAGCUAUCUCAAUAAGGAUGACGCAUUUUUUUAUUGUUUAGUAUUUGAUCCUUCACAAAAGACUUUAUUAGCAGAUAAGGGAGAAAUCAAAGUUGGAAGUAGAUAUCAGACUGAAGUAACUAAUUUAUUAAAAGAAGGCGAGGAGGACAGUCGCUGUAGCUCGGAGCUGGAGACGCUGGUGUGGACGCCGGCGCACGGGCUGUCGGACCGGCAGAUCGACCAGUUCCUCGUGGUGGCGCGUUCCGUGGGCACGUUCGCGCGCGCGCUCGACUGCUCCUCCAGCGUCAAGCAGCCCUCGCUGCACAUGUCCGCCGCCGCCGCCAGCCGCGACAUCACAUUAUUUCACGCUAUGGACACGCUGCACAAGUCCGGCUACAGCAUAGAGGCGGCGCUGUCGUCGCUGGUGCCCGCGUCGGGCCCGGUGCUGUGCCGCGACGAGAUGGAGGAGUGGUCCGCGUCCGAGGCCAACCUCUUCGAGGAGGCGCUCGACAAGUACGGCAAGGACUUUGCGGACAUACGACAGGACUUUUUGCCGUGGAAAACGUUGAAGAACUUGGUGGAGUACUACUACAUGUGGAAGACGACGGACCGCUACGUGCAGCAGAAGCGUGUUAAAGCAGUCGAGGCCGAGUCGAAGUUGAAGCAAGUGUACAUUCCCAACUACAACAAGCCGAACCCGGCGCUGGUCGCGAACGCCGCGAGCGCGGGCAAGGCGGCCGUGCUCAACGGGGGCACCAACGGCACCGCCGCCGUCGCGCCCAGCCUCUGCGCGUCCUGCCAAGUGACAAAUUCAAACCAGUGGUACUCGUGGGGUCCACAGCAUUUACAAUACAGAUUGUGUGGCUCUUGCUGGCAAUAUUGGAAGAAAUAUGGUGGACUAAAGACAGCUGGUGUGUUCGGAGAAAGCGAAACGGAGGCGGCACGCACCGGACGCGCGGAAGGGGAAGACACAGCGCUCUCAGUCUCACACCGCCCACACCGUUGUACCGUCAUCAAUUGUGCUAAGGAGUUCAAACUGCGCGCGCACCUGGCGCGGCACGUGGCCACGGCGCACGGCGGCGCGGGCGAGGGCGCGCGGCCCGUCAUGAAGACGCGCGCCGCCUUCUACCUGCGCGCCUCGCCCUUCACGCGCCUCGCCCGCCGCCUGGCGCGCGCGCUGCGCCGCCCGCGGCACUACGCGCGCUCGCCCUUCUCGCCCAUCAACCUGCACCAGGUCAAGCACGAGUGUACGAUAGCGAUGGCGGGCCUCGGCGCGGGUGCGGAGAUGCGCGGCGCGGGCCCGACCGGCGUGCCGCGAGUGCGCGGGGCGGUGGGCGCCGUGGCCACGCGUCUGGCCGUCGCGAUGGGCACGGCCGCGCCGCGUGCUCAGGAGUGGCUGACGCUCACUCCGCGCGACCGCAUGCCCGUACCAAACCACGUCGCCUUCCCCAAGCCGCCCAAGGCGCCAGACGGCAGCCUGAUGUACGAGCGCGUGCUGUCGCGCGCGGAGCUGGAGGCGCGCCGCAACGAGGCCAACGCGCCGCCCGCGACCCUCGCGCCGCACGCGCCGCCCGCGCUCAAGCGUCGCGCCUACGACGACAUCAAUGGCCUCGACAGAGGUGCGAGUGGAGCCGCACGCGAAGUUGCCGCGCCACCGCCCGCCAAGCGGCCCAACAAGCACCCUGCGCCCAUGCAGCGGCCCUCGCGCGAGCAGUACGCCGCCAUGUGCGCGCGCGCGCAGGCCACCGGCCAGCCGCUGCCUGCGCACGUAUUUGCGCACGUAAACGGCAAACCGACAAAUUUGACCGGUCGUGGGGGCCGACGUCACGUUAUUUCGUGGAUGGACGCACCCGACGACCUCUACUUCAGAGCCACCGAGGUCGCCAAGGCCGCUAGAAGGACGCUGAGCUGCGGCGAGCUGCGUCGCGGAGCGCGCGCGCCCUGGCGGGCCAUGCGCAGCGCGAUCAUCGCCGCCAGCCUGGGCGCGGUGGCGGGCGGCGCGGCGGGCGCGGGCGCGGUGGCGGCCAAGGCGGCGGGCGCGGGAGCGGGCGCGGGCGCGAGUGGCGCGGCGGGCGCGGCGCCGCUGCAGCUCGUGAUCCUGGACUGACAGGAGCCGCCGCGCCCGCCGCACCCGCCGCACCCCUACACCAUGGAGGCGCUGCUCGGCUGAGCCGCCCCGCUGUAUAUUGCUCGUGUACAUAGCCCCGAGCGGCCCGCCCACGGACACACACACGCCCCCGACCUUCGUGAAGAUUGUAUUUUUGGUAAUCGAAUCGCCGACGACGGAUUCUGUAGAUAAUAUUUUAAACUAUAUUGUUCUUAUGUGGUUUGAUCUGGCGAUGAGCAAAAUAAUGUAUUUGAUACAUAAAACGAUAUGUAAGUCUAUUUCAUUCGGAGAUUCAUUGUAGGAUAAUUUACAAUUUUUUUCAUAAAUAAAGCACAAAUUGGAAAA